AUGUCGUUGUUAAAUCAAAAUACUACACGAACCAAGUCUCUGCCUGAUGAUCUAGAGCAGAGGGGUGAUCUUGGGACGGAAGCGGUUGGGGAUCACUGGUAUGCAUCUUCUGCACAGCGGGUUAAUAAUCGCGGUGGUUCGGCGUCAUAUUCGCUCUACAAGGCUUGGACGCAAUCGAGUGGGGACUUUUCACUGCUGCAGACUGCGGUGAUAAGAUCUAAUGUACCGAAACCCGGAGAUAAUUCAAACCUAGUUUCGCAGACUGUGGAGGCUGGAUGGAUUAAUUAUCCAGCGCAGGUUUCUGCACCCCAUCUCUUCACCUACUUCACGACAGACGGCUAUGCCUCCACUGCCAACAACAAAGGCGGCUGGAACCGCGAAGUCGCUGGCUGGAUCCAAUACGAUUCUCAGAUUUACCCUGGCACGUCUUUUGCGCCGCUUUCUACGCGUGGAGGUACACAGUACGACAUCAAAAUCCAGUGGCUGCUCUCCAAUGGGAAUUGGUGGCUCUUCGUGCUCGACCGGUGGAUUGGGUAUUAUCCUGCUUCCCUGUUCGGCGCUGGCACAGACCCAAAUAAAUCCCUGCAAACGGAGUCGAGCCAGAUCUUUUACUAUGGUGAGAUCUUUGACAACCAUCCCCAGCUCACGACGACGGAUAUGGGAUCAGGGAAUUGGCCUGAAGCGGGGUGGCAGCAAAGUGCAUAUAUCCGUAAUAUGGUGUAUACAGACACAAGCGGCGUAGAUCAGAGGUAUGAUGGAAGUGGGAGCAUUGUAGUGAGUGAUAGUAAUAGGUAUCGGAUGGAUGCGGAAUAUCAGAGUCAGACUAGUUGGGGAAGUUAUAUGUAUCUUGGAGGGCCGGGUGCGGGGGGCGUAAUUGAUGGGUAA